UCAACUCUACAAGUUAUUAAAUGUUUUAUAAUUUAUAAACGAGCUGUAUAACACAUUUCACGAAAUAAGUGAGGUUAUGUACAUUCUAAUUGAACUGUCAGUCUAAAAACUUAAUUUUAAUGUAUAAUGGCUGGAUCUGGAGCUUAUAAAAGAAUAUUAACCGUUUUGGAACGUUUACCAGUAGAUCCAAGCAAAAGUGGAAGAGAUUUGGGUCCUUAUUUAAAGGAAUACGUAAAGAAACAAUACAAAGAAGGUAAAUUUCAAGAGCACGUCCAAUAUUGGGAUAGACAAUACAUAGCGUUAGAAAAGAUAGUUGAUAACGAAAAUUUAAAAAAAUAUAAACGAGUUUUGAAUUCGUCCGCGACAGGAUUAACUGCAGAACAGUGUAAUAUAGCUUUAUCAAAUGAGUUUUUGGAGUUGUUGAUUGAAGAGGAUAAAUCGUUUAUAAAUAAGGUGUUUAGUAAAGAUAAGAAGAAUGAAUAAGAUUAGAAUUUUAAGAAAAUGUAGUAGUUUUGUUUUAAAUGUAGAAAAUGUUCCACACAAGCCAGUUAUGGCAGAAGCUGUGUUAAAAUAUUUAAAACCAACAGAUGAUCAAGUUAUAUUAGAUAUGACUUUUGGGGCAGGUGGACACAGUAAAAGAAUUUUGGAAACUUUAAAAAACAUAAAAUUAUUAACUUUAGAUAGAGAUCCAGUUGCUUAUGAUUACAUGAAAAAGCUACAAGAAGAAUAUCCAAAUAGAAUUGUUCCACUCCUAGGAAAAUUUUCUGAUCUUCCACACCUUUUAAGUGAGCAAAAAAUAUUUCAAAACUCAAUUGAUGGUAUUUUAUGUGAUUUUGGGUGUUCUUCCAUGCAAUUUGAUGAAUCAGAUAGAGGUUUUUCGUUAUCAAAAGAUGGCCCAUUAGAUAUGCGGAUGGAUAAAGAUAGGUGUCCAGAUACUUUAACAGCCGCCGAAGUCCUUGAAAGAGCUACAGAAGAAGACUUAGCAAAGAUAAUUAAAGUUUAUGGUGAAGAAAAAUACGCAAAAAGAAUUGCUCGAGCUAUUGUGGAGGCUCGAUAUUUAUUUAGAAAAUUACAAACCACCGGAGAACUAGCUGAUUUAGUUGAUUCAGUUUGCGAAGAUGACAACAGAGUUGAUAAAUUACAAAGAUAUUCUCAUUCGGCCACAAAAACUUUUCAAGCACUUCGGAUUUUUGUUAAUAAUGAAUUAAAUGAAAUUAAUUACGGUUUAGUUUUAGCGGGGAAGUAUUUAAAAUUUGGAGGGAGAAUUGUUACGAUCACUUUUCAUUCAUUAGAAGAUACAAUUGUUAAACGACAUUUAUUAGGAAAUGUUCUAAAUAACACUGCUAAUCCUUUACCUUUAAAAUAUAGCAGUCACAAUAUGAGUUUACCUAAAGAAAAUAUGGAUCAACUUAUGGAACCAAAUUGGAUUUGUUUAAAUAAACAUGUAGUUACACCUACUGAAGAGGAAAUUGAUGAAAAUCCUAGGAGUCGAUCCGCUAAAUUAAGAGCUGCUGUUAAAGUCAAAUAAUUUGCUUUUUAUAUUUUUUUAUAAACUUUUUAAAAAUGAAAAAGAAAGUGGUUAUUUAGAUUUAACAAAA